ACGAGCACAAUUGGGUACCGCAAGACUUAACGGGCUACUUCGGCAAUAGGAGUACCAACUUUGGCGAGCACCUUAUUCUACUACGAAGUACUACAGACUACAACUAUGGAGUUUCAGUUGACGCCACUUUUCUUAGGAAUGUGUUUGCUGACUUGUCAAUGGAUGAUGUGUGAGACCAGCGUCUCUGAAAACCUGGAGGAGAGCAUUUCGGAACUCAACAAGCACUACGGAGAGAAAGCUGGCGAGCUGCACAACGGACACCCUGUCUUUCUGUUGAUCCUUAAAGAAUUAAAGGUGAAGUUUGAGGAAACUGAACAGAAGCUCCUUAUGAGUAUUAUAAUAGAUACAUACAGUAGGAUCUUCACCCGCAUGAAAAAUGAAAGCCAGAGUGAGGAUGUGAAAGAUCGCCUGGAACAUGUUUUGGAGCACCUGCGGAAACUACAAGAGAACUACUUCCCGGGAAAGAGCGCUGAGCUCAGGACCUAUGCGGAAGAUUUAUGGGCAAUCAAGGAAAAUGACCCGAUGGUCCAACGCAAAGCACUGUACGAGAUGAAGCACGUCUACAGGCAAGCGACGGCAAUGCAGAGAAAAGACAAAAAUAAGGACCGCAGGAGACGUCAAGCCAAAAACACAAGGCAGAAGUCCUAAAGAUGGGUCCUAGUAUUGAUCAUCAUUUCACGAUGGUGUAAAAUCCUUUCUUGUAUUUAUUUUAUUUAUAAAAUGAAUGUUGGACACAUAUUGUGCGCAACAUGUUC